UUUCUUCAUCUCUUUUUCUUCAUCUCUUUUUCUUUCCCUUCUCUCUCUGAUUACGGUGAAAUGUCCCUCUUCUUCAUUCUGUGAAUAGGGUUGAAAAUGCCUGUCUCUCUUCUUCACUCUCUGAUUAAGGUUGAAAACCCCCUUUUUAUUGCGAUCUAUUAUUUAUUUAUUUAAUCAUUAGAUGUUUUUCAAUUUUGAGUUCAAAAAAGUUAUAUUCAUUUCAUGAGCUUCGUUAAUACUGGAGUAGGUGAAAUUUGGGCUGCAAUGUGAGUGCUUAAUUGUGUUUGUGAAACUAAAAAUCAGUGAACACAAAGUCAUCAAAAGUAGAUAGGAAAGCUAAAUGAAAACUCCUAAGAAGUAUGAGAAUUCAUCCAAGCCAAUAACGUCUUUAAUCUGCCCAAGACCUUGAGUCCAUUUGUUUGAUUAGUAGGAUAUGUCAUAAUUUCUAUCAGAGUUGACAAAAUUGUAUUUGUUCAACUACAUUUGUUGUUCUCUGGAUUAAGCAAGGUACUUGUUUAUUUUUUUGAAGGCCUAUAUUUCAGAAAUUGGUUGUUUGGCUUUUCACCAUGAUUAGGUUGAUUGAAUCCAUACUUUGGUACCUUAGAUGAAAUAAUGUUAUUUGAUUCAUUUUCAAGUUUGAGGAGAUUUAGUGAUUUGUCCAUCUAGAUCACAAGGCUUAUAAACAGAUCAUGCUUAUUUGUUAUUAAUAAAGGUUCAAUUGCUGGGAUAUGUGGAAUGGAGAAAUUCAAUGUGUUUAAUCAACCUUAUUUCUAGUAGUAGUAGUGGUAGUUGUGGAGAAUAGGCCUUUAAAAUUGAAGAACCAAUUGAAGAACCAACCACGUGUCAAAUUUGGUGGUGCUGGGAAGUUAAAUUUGUGUUAUAAAUUAUAAUUUGGUUAUUGAGACUUUUCUGGUGGUGUUUUUGUUACAAUGCAAAUUGGUGAUAGUUUUACCUGGGAAUGGUCAUAGUUUUACCUGGAUCAUGUGAAGGAUGUUUUGUGUAACUAAUAUUUUGUACCCGCAAGUGUAAUCUAAAAUAUAUGUUAAUUCCCAAUUUACAACCUAAACCAAUGAAGUACUCAUUCUGUAAUUCCAAUCUUUCUUUAGUAAAUGAAGUUAGAUAUGCAUUCAACUUCCUUUUCUAAUUUAGAUAAAUGUGUAAAAAUUUAUUACUAAUUUGAAUCUUCAAGUGUUUUUCAUAUUGAAAGUGGUCCAUCUAGAAAAGUGAUACCAAAGAACAUAAUAUGCGUGCACAAAGGAGACCAAAUAUAAUGCCAAGCCAAAUAUGUAUUUUCAACCUAAAAGUUCUAGCAGGAUUCAAAAUUAAGAAUAAGAAUGAAACCUCAAAUAUAUUGUACUUGUCCUUUGAGAAUAAGAUUGUUAUCUAUGCAUUCCACAGAUUUUUCUGGUACAAAGAAAACUAUUUAGCUAAUAAAGUCACUAACACUACAUAACACUUUUUUAAUUUGAUAAGUUGAGUAACAAGUAAAACUUAUCUUAGUACAUGGUAUGCAAAUAUUUUGUGUAACAACAGAUUUGAUUAUUGCAAGAAAUUAACAAAGCAUUGUCCCAACUAUUUGGAUCAUGUGAAGGAUGUUUUUUAAUCUGAUAGUUUUACCUGGGAAUGGUGAUAGUUUUACCUGGGAAGCAUCAAAUGUAUGUGGAACUUGGGUUUAACAUAGUAUUUGAUCCUCUAAUUUAUCCCUACACAACAAAUCUUUGAAACUUUAUAUACUACAAACCAAACUCUUUGGUACCACUCUAAAAAAAUAACAGAAACCUUACAAUACCUAGGUAGUAUUGACAUAACCAGAUUGUACCAAAUACUUCAAUAGGGAUUAGUAAAAGAAUCCCUGCCGAUACAGAACAAUUUCAAUGGCUCACAUUGUAAUGCAAAUUGAACAUAGGAGGAACUUUCACUUUUUCUUGCUCUUACUUAAUGAAUCGGAACUUAGAAACAUUUUAUUCAAUCAAUACUUCGUGGGUGCAAUGUAUUUACAAUUAGCUUCCUAAUCUUUAGAGGAUUUGGAUUCAAUUCUUCCUAAUUAAUGCAGAGGCAUGUCAUCCUCUAGUAACUAUUAUUCUAGUGAUGAGAGCUUCGACUUGAGGUAUGAGGCUUUGAAAUGUGAUUGUGAGCUAAGAGCUGCCAUAAGGGUUACUGAGUCUGACAAGCCAUCUAAAGUGAAAUUGUAUUUCAUUUGUGAGAAGAGAAAUUGUUAAUUUUGGAGGUGUACCCCAAAAUCUGUGACGAUGGUAGAGAGGUUGAGGAACGAGAGAAUGCAUGAUCAAAAUCAAAAUAUGGAGACUGUAGGACUAAAAGUGAAGAACCAAAUGCUUGAGCAAUCCAAUGUUUUCAUGAAGCAGCUUAUUGUGGGUCUGCUCACGAUUUGUAUUCUUAUGUCAGUUGCAUUACUCUUCAAAUGAUGACAGGUGCCAUUUAGAGAUACCUGGUGUUUUUGUGCUAAUGUAGUUUACCAUGAACUAUUGCACUAAGCUUUGUACCCAAUGAAUGUUGACAUAGUUGCCAUGUAUGGUUAUUUUGUACUGAUCUAGCUAUUGUAAUGCAAGCACUGAUGAAUGAGUUUGUUUUAAUUUUUUUUCUUUCUCAUAGAAUGAGUACCCAAGAGGAAACACAACCUAAAAAUAGGAAGAACAAGGGAAAAUCAAGUCAAGUACCAUUCGUUAAAGCUCACUAGGAUGCAAAAUCAAAAGAAAUUUUUUUUAAGCUUUGUGUUGAGCAAGUGAAGGUUGGACACAGACCUGGUACACACUUAGAUAGGGUCGGGUGGGAAAAUAUGAUAACUAAAUUUAAAAGUAUGACUGGAAAAUCGUACCAACGAAUACAAAUGAAAAAUCAUUGGGAUGUGUUGAAAAAAGAUUGGCUUUUAUGGAAUAAUUUGUUAAGGGGUGAGACAGACUUAGGUCGUGAUACAUUGACUGGAGCGAUGUCUGCAUCUGAUGAGUGGUGGAGCAAGAAAUUGGAGAGGUAUCUUGAUGCUGCUAAAUUCGAGGGUAUGCCGUUGCAAUUCACUGAAGACUUAGACAUACUAUUCUCAGAUACAACUGCUACAGGAGAAUGGACAUACACUCUUAGCUCAGGGGUUAUGCCCCACACCGAUGAGACUGUGGAGGAAUUUCAUACCCCACAUGAUGCUGAAUUUCAUGAUGAUGCUGGUUUGGAGGUGGAUCAUCCUUUCGAGUUAAACAAAAAACGUCCAUCAAACACUAAUGGUUCAUCAACCAAGAGCAAGACAAAAAAGAAAUUUAUUGGUGCAACUCUACUUAACAAGACACUUGAUCGUAUAGUCAACGUGGUUAAGUCAUCUUCAGCAAUUUCAACACAAACCUCAUUAAGAUAUUCUUUAAUUGCAGAAUGUUUGGCAAAGUUGGAAAGCAUCCUUGGUGUGUCCUCGGAUGAUAAGCUGUAUGUAUGGGCUGCCCGAUUGUUCUUACGAGACAAGCGUCGUGAGUGUUUCAUGACUCUUCCUACGGAUGAAGUUCGACUGAGAUUUCUAAAGUUGGAGAUUAAGAUGGAGAAGACCACCAUAGGUUAUCGCGGCUAAUUGUGGACUACCCGGUUGUUCUUAAGACUUUUAUUAUUAAUUAUGGACUGUUGUGUUGGACUUUUAUUUUGCUAAUUGUGGACUGUUCUGAAUUUCCUAUUUUUUUCUUUUAUUAAUAUUGACUAUGUUGGACUUUUAUGUUGGACUCA